AUGACGACUUCGCUGGUUCUGCAUCCACGCUGGGCGGACACCUUGAUGUACGUUUAUGAAAAAAGCCCGAAUGAAAACAACCAGAAUAAAAGCCAAACAAUGGAGGGACUGAGCGGUAAUUGCCCUGCGACCCACUGCCGGGACCUGAUGUCGCACCCCGCGCUGGGACGACAUUCUGGCACCAUAGCGACCCACCAGGGCUCCGUCUACUCGGAUAUUUCCUCUCCCGACACCGGCCGGCAGUGUCCCGCUCCUCAAACAUCGUCCAGUGCAUCUUUGAGCUACGGUUAUCCUUUUGGAAACCCAUAUUACGGCUGCAGAUUAUCUCAUUCGCACAACGUGAACUUGCAGCAGAAGCCUUGCUCGUACCAUCCCGCAGAGAAAUAUGCCGAGCCCAGCACUGCGCUGCCCGCGGAGGAACUGUCUACCAGGGCGAAAGAGUUUGCCUUCUACCCGAGUUUCGCCAGUUCAUAUCAGGCUGUCCCUGGAUAUCUGGACAUGUCUGUGGUGCCCAGUAUCAGUGCCCAUCCCGAACCGAGGCACGACGCCUUGAUCCCCAUGGAAGGCUACCAGCACUGGGCUCUCUCCAAUGGCUGGGAUGGGCAGGUGUACUGCUCCAAAGAUCAAACGCAGUCCACUCACCUCUGGAAAUCACCUUUUCCAGAUGUUGUGCCAUUGCAGCCUGAGGUAAGCAGUUACCGACGUGGGCGCAAAAAACGUGUCCCUUACACAAAGCUGCAGCUGAAGGAGCUGGAGAAAGAGUAUGCAGCCAGCAAGUUCAUCACCAAAGACAAGAGAAGGCGCAUCUCGGCCGGUACCAACCUCUCAGAGCGUCAAGUCACCAUCUGGUUCCAAAACCGGCGAGUGAAGGAGAAGAAAUUUGUCUGUAAAUCGAAGAGCAGUCAUAUGCACACCACUUGAUGAGAGCAGCGACCUCCUUGAAACUGCAACUCAUAACUUCCAAAACAUCCUGCCAUGUAUUUACCUCUUGCAUUGAAAAUCGUGGCGGAAGAACAUUUUGUCUGUUGGUGUUUUUUUUUGCUCCUUCAUCCCCAUCGACCAUACCACCACAUCCCCUGUUUUCAAGUUGGAGACAAUGCUCUAAAAACUGUGAAAAUAUUGAAAAUUCACUUCACAUUUGUUUUAUGAUUGUACAUAUAUAAAUAUAU